AGCCGCUUAAAUCUACUGUUGAAGUGUUGAACAACAACCAGCGGCUUUUCUCUGCUAACAUCUCCGCGGACUAAUGUUUUUCUUAACAGUUUAAACGAACAACUGAAGGAGGGCUGACAAGAAGUAGCUGUUUUCAGGUUCUGACAGGAGGGUUCUGACUGGUAAUGUUUGGACUGUGACCGUCCUGAUGAUGGAGUAAAGGCCUGGAGUGAUGGAGACCCAGAGGAAGAGCUUUGAAGAAGAUGAUGCUGGGGGGCGGGGCCUCCUCCACACCUGGAAGGGUUACUCGUACAGCGUCAGCCCUGAGAGGCUGCUCCUCCCGCGGCCGGUGCUCCAGGUGGCUCUGGGCGUGCAGCACGGCGUCCUGCUGGUGGAUGGAGGACAGGUGUACAGUUUUGGCGAGCUACCAUGGAAACAGAAUCCAGUGUCAGAGGUGACAGAACCGACCCUGGAGAGCGCUCUCAGUGGGCAGCGGGUGAUCUCCGUGGCGGCGGGGAGCUUCCACAGUGGCGUGGUGACGGAGGACGGUGGUGUCCACAUGUGGGGGGACAACAGCGCGGGACAGUGCGGCCUCCCUGCUCUCGGCUCCGUGCCCAACCCGACCCCGGUGGCCCUGCUGGACCCGGGCGGCGCUCGGACGGUGCUAGUUCUGGAGCUGGCCUGCGGGGAGACGCGCAGCCUGGCACUGUCGGUCCAGAGGGAGGUGUGGGCGUGGGGCGGAGCUGCCGUGCCGUCGUGGCAACCGCAGAGGGUGGAGCUGCCGGCAGGCCGGCACGUGCUGCAGGUGGCCUGCGGGGCAGACCACUGCCUGGCUCUGGUGCGCUGCCCGGGCCCCAGCGAGGGCCCACGGCCCCCCGUGGACAAAUGCAACCAGUGCCACCAGCUGCUCUACACCAUGACAGACAAGGAGGACCACGUCAUCAUCUCUGACAGCCACUUCUGCUCGCCACAGGCCAAAAACGGGCUGCAAGCACCCCCGCCGACCCAGAACCUCAGAACCUCCCCAUCUGAGCUGGUCCUCUCCUCCCGCCUCAGCUCCCCUGUGAUCCCAGCAGCUCCUGCACCUGAGUCAAGCUCCGACCUCUCCUCCAGCCUGACCUCGGACCCCUCCAAGGAUCAGGCCUCAGACGGGGCAGGGGCGAGUUUAACUAACGGGGAGCAGCCUGUUCCAGACUCUGACCACCUGCUUCAGUCUAAACCUGCCCCUCCCACCGCUGGAGGGAAAGGUUCCCCCUAUCCUGACGAGCGAGCUGUGCAGGAAUAUCUGAGGAAGCUGUCAGACAGCACGCAGGCCGGGUCAAAGCUGCCUCCUCCUGGAGGUCGGGGCUCCUCCACCCUCAACAGCCUGGUGGCCUCCUGCGCCUCAGCGGUGGGCGAGCGGGUCGCCUCCACCUACGAGGCCUUGUCCCUGAGGAAGAUGAUGAACUUCUACCUGCCAUCCCGGUCGGAGGCGCUCAGCGGCGUGACCGACAACACCGCCGAGCGCGUCCGCCAGGAGGACUCGGUGCAGGCCAAGAAGAGCUCCAGCACGGGGGACAUCUGCGAGGAGGAAACGGAGAGUCUGCGGCGCCGCCUGUCGCUCCCCGGACUCCUCUCUCAGGUGUCGCCCCGGCUGCUGAGGAAAAUGGGCCGUCCCAGGAUCCGGGCCUUUGCCCUGACCCCAAUAGACGGAAGCGUCCCUGAGGCCCUGGAGGUUCUGCCCACCCUGCAGACAGAGGUGUGGAGCUGGGGACAAGGCCAGGACGGCCAGCUGGGACACGGAGACAACUUGGCCAGACUGCAGCCGGUCUGCAUCAAGAGCCUAAACAAUAAGGAGGUGGUGCGUGUGGCAGCUGGGGCUCAUCAUUCUCUUGCUCUGACAGCUCAGUCUCAGGUGUUCUCCUGGGGCAGCAACAGCUCCGGUCAGCUGGGACACAUGGAGUCUCCCAGCACCGUCCCUUGCCUCGCUAAGCUGUCAGAGGGAAUCCGGGUUUGGGAUGUGAGCGCUGGAGAGAGGCACACCCUCCUGCUGGCGGACGGAGACUGCAUCCAGCCCAUCAUUUACUACAGCGGGCAGCAGGUGAAGGAGGGCCAAGAGGAGGUGGCUCAGCAGGAAGGAGGAGAGGAAGAGGAGGGGAGUCGAGUGGGGGCCCACACCCAGCAGCCUGUCCUGCUGCCUUUCUGCAUGAACCUGGGUUAUGUGAGCAGCGUGUCCGCAGGCGGUCGGAGCUGCGUGGCGCUCUCUGACCGGAACGUGAUGGGCUUCAUCGCCAGCCUGCACGAGCUAGCCUCCACCGAGAGGAAGUUCUACUGCAGACUGUGCAGCGUCAGGUCACAGGUCAUACGCCCUCUGCUGGAGCUGGAGUCUCUGAGCUCGGUGCUCGGCCAGGCGACGUUUGAACUCCUGCAAACACUGACGAGUCGAUUCAGCGUCUUGUGUCACCUGACGGGGCAGCACGCCGUCAGCCUCACUGCUAAUAUCCGCCGCGGCCGCGAUGUGAAGGGCCUGCUGAUCCUCAACUACGCCAGCAUCUUCCUCGACUCUUACAAUGAAUACUGCAGUGCUGUGGGCAACUUUCAUGUGAUGGGAGGCUUCCAGGCUCUAACGAAACCAUCUGUAGAUGUCUUUGGGAAAAGUCCCGAGCUGCUGCAGAGGCUGUCAGAGUGCAGUGAUGAGAGCCCAGUUGUCUCUGACCUCCUCAUGAUGCUCUUCUACCUCCCAACCCUCCAUCUUCACGAGUACGGGAGGCUGCUGCUCAAACUGGGCACCUGCUUUGAAGUGUGUUCCAAUGACUAUCAGAAGCUUCAGGACAGCUGCUCUAAGUUUGAAGCUUUGAUGAUCCAGCUGAAGAGGAAAAGGAAAGAGGUUGAUUACACCUUUCACUUCUGGAAGAGCUUCCCGGGCAAAAUGACGGACUCUCUGAGGAAGCCUCACCGCCGGCUCAUCUACGAGAGCAGCAACAAGUCUCUGAGCCUGUUGAACGCUGGUAGGUUCUCCGUCAACUGGUUCAUCCUCUUCAACGACUCCCUGGUGCACGCACAGGGCGUGGCGCCGCAUAAAAAUCCUUUUUCCACCCAUCACAUUUUCCCAUUAACCACGCUGUGGGUGGAGCCGAUGACAGAGGAUGACACUGGACUCCAGGGGUUAAAGGUCAUCACACCCGAGGAGACGUUCACGCUGCUCGCCUCAUCUCCCACAGAGAAGUCCAAAUGGCUUCGUGCCAUCAACCAGGCGGUGGAUCAGGCUCUGAAUGGGGCGGGGCAGAACGCUGAUGGUUCAGGACCGAAGUCAGAGCCGCCCAUCAGCAGGACGGCCUCCUACACUUUUUAUAAAGAUGGUCGGCUGAAAGAGGUGACGUACGAAGGCCACUGGCUCACUGGGAAACCCCACGGCAGUGGAGAGUUAAAAUGGCCUGACGGCAGAAUUUACACCGGAUCAUUCAAGAAUGGACUGGAAGAUGGCUAUGGGGAGUUUGUGGCUCCUAAUAAGACCCUAAACAAGACUGAUCUCUAUCAGGGAUACUGGAAGGAAGGCAAGAUGCACGGCCUGGGGUCGUACAGGUAUGCCAGCGGUGAGGUUUACGACGGUUCCUUCCAGGAUGGCUUGCGUCACGGCCAUGGCAUGCUGCGCAGCGGGAAGCUCAAUACGUCCUCCCCCAGCGUCUUCAUCGGCCAGUGGCUGCAGGACAAGAAAACAGGAUACGGAGUGUUUGAUGACAUCACAAAAGGAGAGAAGUAUAUGGGCAUGUGGCAGGAGCACCAGAGGCAAGGCACUGGGGUCGUGGUCACCCAGUUUGGGCUUUACUACGAAGGAGCGUUUAAAGACAAUAAGAUGAUGGGGACGGGCGUUCUCCUGUCGGAGGACGAUACGACCUAUGAGGGGGAUUUCUCAGAUGAUUGGACCCUCAGUGGAAAGGGUGUUCUGACCAUGGCCAAUGGUGACUACCUGGAGGGCUCGUUCAGCGGUGAGUGGGGGUCCGGCCUGAAAGUGACAGGUUCCUACUUUAAACCCCACCUGUUUGACUUCGACAAGGACAAGACUCAGGCUGUGAAGUUGGGUCGCCUGUGUGUGUCUGCGGAGGACAAGUGGCAGGCUGUGUUCGAGGAGUGCUGGAGCCAGCUGGGCUGCGAGGCGCCGGGUCGAGGGGAGAAUCAGACAGCUUGGGAGAGCAUCUCCCUGGCGCUCACCAGCAGCCGGCAGCACAUGCAGGACAGUCCAGAGACGCUGUCUCGAAGUCGCAGCAAAACUCUGGAGAGUCUGGAGAUCAUCCCUCAACACGAGGGACCAAUCACCAUGGAGAGAUAUCACACCAUCCGCCUCUACCUCCUCAAGGCAUGUGACACACCCCUCCACCCGCUGGGCCGGCUGGUAGAGACCCUGGUGGCCGUUUAUAGGAUGACGUACGUUGGCGUCGGAGCGAAUCGCCGGCUGCUGCAGCAGGCGGUCAAAGAGAUCAAGUCCUACCUGAACCGAAUCUUCCAGAUCGUCAGGUUUCUGUUCCCAGACCUGCCAGAAGAGGGCGGUCUAAUCCCUGAGCCCACAGAAAACCUGCAGGACUCGAUGCUGCUGAGCGCCGAUGCCUCGAUGGAUCCACCUAGACCCAGUCGCGUGGUGAGCAGCUCCGCUCUGCUGCUUCCUGUCCUGCUGCCUCGUCUCUACCCGCCGCUCUUCACCCUCUACGCUCUGGAGAAGGAGAAGGAGGACGACGUGUACUGGGAGUGUGUCCUCCGCCUCAACAAGCAGCCAGACCUGGCCCUGUUGGCCUUCCUGGGUGUCCAGCAGAAGUUUUGGCCCAUUUCUAUCCCCGCCACUUUGCCAGCUUUAGGGAGAAAUCAGCAGGUCAUCUCCAGCAUCAAAGAAGUCUGCUUCGCCUCUGCAGUGGAAACUCUGCAGCAGAUCAGCACGACGUUCACCCCGUCCGACAAGCUGCAGGUCAUCCAGCUCACCUUCGAGGAGAUCACGCAGGAGGUGCAGUCGCUGCUGAAGCAGGACUUCCUGUGGUCCAUGGACGACCUGUUUCCUGUCUUCCUCUACGUGGUGCUGCGCGCUCGGAUCAGGAACCUGGGGUCAGAGGUCAGCCUGAUUGAAGACCUGAUGGAUCCUUGUGUUCAGCACGGUGAGCACGGCAUCAUGUUCACCACCUUAAAGGCCUGUUACUACCAGAUCCAACAUGAGAAGGUCACAUAGGACCUGGUUCUCCUUGUUCCCACUGCCUGACCCGCUGACGGGGGGAUCUUCUGGAGUUGUCAUGGAGACGGGAUCCAAUCGUUUUUACAUCACAGCAUCCUGAUGUGGCCGGAGUCAGGAAAACCUGUGACGGUUAAACAGACGAUCAUAGCUUGGUUCAGAGUUCUGCUGUUCAACAACACCGGCUCUUUUCUUCCUCCAGGAGGAUUCCUUUAAUACCUCUUCGUCAUUUGAGAUGAACUCUUUUUUUCUGUUGAAGUUUUAUGUCAUUGUCUUGUGACGGGUUCUUUACUGCCCCCUGGUGGUUUUACUGAGACGGGUCUGUUUACCGACAGGAAUGAAACCAAACUGUGAUGUCAAUGUGCCAUUAGGUUGAGUGCAUGGUGAAUACAUACUAAGCUGAGCAAACAAGUAUGGCAGGUUGUUUUACUAUCUAAUCAAAUCACAGCCCUGUCUUUGUUUAUCCUGUUGGAUCUUAUUAAUUAUAUUCCUAAUAAUAAAAUCACAUUUUCAAUUAGAUAUUUAAAUUUAAGAGCCACAGUUGCAGCUGUACUAUUUAAAUUUUAAGUUGAAAAUAUCCUUAAAAAGUUUAUUUCCCUGUUUAAAUGAAAACUUGAAUAUUUACUGCAGAAAUUAUGUUGGUUGUAUAAAACCUUUAACUGCCUUCUUAAUUGGAAUGAUUUGUGACUAGAAGAAAUUAUUUUAAAAUCUAAAAUAGUAAACAGAGACAGGAAAAUGUUUUGUUUAUAUAGUAAAACAACUUGCCAUACUUUGCCAUCUGGAGUCUGAGCCCACCAUGUCUUCAGCUUAUUGUCACCAUUGCUCCUACAUCAAAACAUAGUAAUCACAGCAUGAAGGUAUUACCCCAUUAAAAACUUUUUAUUCCUUAUUUUAAAAAAUAUCCUGAACAUGGCUCUUUGUGCCAACGUGAACCUUCAGAAUUAUAAAUGCACUCAUGUACAUACAUGUAAAAUUUAAAAAGUGCUCUGACCUGUUUGGUAUAAAUACAUUUUACUCUUGUCGUGUUGCAGCAAAAAUCUUGCUCCGCCCUCGAAGACAGACUCCAACAAGUGACGGAAGAAACUAAAUUUAUUGUUUAUUAGAAGAAAUUUAAAGCAUCACUGUGUUUUUAUAAAACAAACUGUUACUAAAUGUGUUUGACUGUGACUCUGGCUGGAAAAAUGUGAUCUGGCUCGAAGGACUUUUCACCUCAAAUGGACUUGAAAUCUCUCUUCAGCUGAAAUAUCUCAACGGCAGAAAAAUUAUUUUGUCUUUGAAAAGUUGGGAAGCUAUUCGACAAUCUGAGCCUUGUUUUAAAUUCUAGAACUGCAAGCUAGAGAAGAAUUCCAAACAUAUUUAUUUUCUAAUAGAUUAAAAAUUGCUCAUAAAAAGUUGAUCAUUUACACAAUUUAAGGCUGAGAAAGUGCAUUCCUUAAUCCACUAAAGCAGAUAAAAUAUCUAUUGCAUCCAAGAAAAAAACUAAUUAAACCUAAAGAUAAUAUGUAAAAACAAAAAACCUCCAUCUGCUGAAAUGAAGCCGAUAUCUCUGGAGGUCUAACUGUUUUUCUCCUGUUUGAUUUGCUUUAUUUAAAAAGCUCUUAUUUCCUUUAAAUGAAGCUGAUAUCAGAAAACUGACAGUUCCUUUUGUCUGUAAAUGUUUACCUUGUUGAGUCUUAUUUUUUUGUCAAAACUUUCUCAGUUCUUAAUAACAAAAGUCUAAUAAAUGUGACGAACAGCUGCUGUAACAGCUGUGAGUUGCUUCAACACUU